AUGAGCGCAUCAAGGACCGGGAAAGCGCUCACCAAGUACAAAAUUGUGUUCUUGGGUGAACAAGGCGUUGGAAAAACCUCGCUAAUAACAAGAUUCAUGUAUGACACCUUUGAUGAUCAUUACCAAGCGACCAUCGGUAUAGAUUUCUUGUCUAAAACCAUGUAUUUGGACGAUAAGACGGUACGGCUGCAACUGUGGGAUACUGCCGGUCAGGAACGGUUCCGGUCACUGAUUCCAUCUUAUAUUCGGGAUUCUCACGUUGCUAUUGUGGUUUACGACGUUACCAACAAGAAAUCAUUUGAAUACAUCGAUAAAUGGGUCGACGAUGUCAAGAAUGAACGUGGUGAGGAGAAUGUUCUUUUGUGUAUUGUGGGCAAUAAGAACGAUUUGGUCGAAGAAAGGCAAGUUUCCACGGAAGAAGGUGAACGUAAAGCCCAGGUGUUAAAGGCCAAGAUUUUUGUAGAAACGUCCACUAAAGUCGGGUACAACGUCAAAAACUUGUUUCGUAAGAUUGCAAAGUCUUUGCCCGAGUUUCAAAACGAUUCGGGCAAAUUGGCAGGUUUGGACGGAGAAGCUGGUAAAACUGCACCGGGUGUUAUCGAUAUCACCACCAAUACUGAAGAAGACACGACAGGUGGUUGUCAAUGCUGA